AGCGAGGCCGGGCUGCACGAGAUGGACAUUCGCUACGACAACAUGCACAUCCCAGGCAGCCCCCUGCAGUUCUACGUGGACUACGUGAACAGCGGGCACGUCACGGCCUACGGGCCCGGCCUCAUCCACGGCACCGUCAACAAACCCGCCACCUUCACCGUCAACACCAAGGACGCCGGCGAGGGGGGUCUUCAGCCUCUCCUGGGGGGUCCCCAGCGUGCCGAGAUCAGCUGCACCGACAACCAGGACGGCACGUGCAGCGUGUCCUACCUGCCCGUGCUGCCCGGGGACUACGGCAUCGUGGUCAAGUACAACGACAAGCACAUCCCUGGCAGCCCCUUCACCGCCCGCAUCACCGGUGACGACUCCCUGCGCCUGUCCCACCUCAAGGUGGGCGCCUCGGCUGACAUCCCCCUGGACAUUGGGGAAACCGACCUGAGCCAGCUCACGGCCACUGUCACCUCCCCCUCGGGGCACAAGGAGCCCUGCCAGCUGAAACGGCUCAGGAACGGCCACAUCGGGAUCUCGUUCGUGCCCAGGGAGGUGGGGGAGCACCUGGUGCACGUGUUCCGGGGGGGGCAGCCCCUGCCCCGCAGCCCCAAUGUCCCCCCUGUGUCCCCAAUCGAGCUGGGCGACGCCAGCAGGGUGGUCCUGACCGGGCAGCUGCGCGAGGAGAGACUCUUCCAGCCCGCCCACUUCACCAUCGACACCCGGGACGCAGGGUACGGGGGGCUCAGCCUGUCCAUCGAGGGGCCCAGCAAGGUGGACAUCACGACGGAGGAGUUGGAGGACGGGACGUGCCGCGUGUCCUACUGCCCCACCGAGCCCGGCAACUACAUCAUCUCCGUCAAAUUCGGGGACCAGCACGUGCCCGGGAGCCCGUUCUCGGUGAAGGUGACGGGCGAGGGCCGGGUCCGCGAGAGCAUCACCCGGCGCCGCAGGGCCCCCCCCGAGGCCACCGUGGGGUCCCCCUGCGACCUCAGCCUCAAAAUGCCUGAGCUGAGCGUGGCGGAGGUGACGGCGCAGGUGGCGGGGCCUCGGGGCAGGCGGUGCCGGCCCAGGUGGUGGCCGGGGACACCCCGGGCGCUCGGGGUGCGCUUCGUGCCCCAGGAGACGGGACCCCACUCGGUGAGCGUCAAGGACCGCGGGCAGCACGUGCCAGGGAGCCCCUUCCAGUUCACCGUGGGACCCCUGGGCGAGGGCGGCGCCCACAAGGUCCGCGCCGGGGGGCCCGGGCUGGAGCGCGCCGAGGCCGGGGUGCCAGCCGAGUUCAGCAUCUGGACGCGUGAGGCAGGGGCUGGGGGUCUCUCCAUCGCCGUGGAGGGGCCCAGCAAGGCCGAGAUCGCCUUCGAGGACCGCAAGGACGGCUCCUGCGGGGUCUCCUACGUGGUGCAGGAACCCGGGGACUACGAGGUGUCGGUGAAGUUCAACGAGGAGCACGUGCCCGAGAGCCCGUUCGUGGUGACGGCGGCGCGCCUCUGCGACGCCGCUCGACGCCUCACUGUUUGUAGCCUUCAG